AUGGAAAAGAUUUUAUUUGAGUGUAGUUUACAUGGUCAUAUUAGUAAUAAUUUAAAAGAGAAAUUAUUGGACAGAUUAAUAGGGAUAUGCGGGACUCAUCCUAUACCAAUUUUUGAACAUGAAAUUGGCUUUGUACCAACAAUACAAAGUCCGGAAGGACCUGAACGAAACGAAGAUGUAUUAUUAAGAUUAAAAUCACCAAUUGAAGAAAAUGAUUUAACUAAACGACAAUGGAUAUUAUGUCAACUCGGACUUCCAGAAACAAGAACGGGUAGAACCGUAACAGUCCGACCGGUCUUAUAUUCCAAGAUUUCCACCGGGGAUGCACUUAAAUUUAUGAAUGUGCUCGGAUAUAGGUUGGUUAAUGUUUCAACUCCUUUCAACUUCAAAGAAAUUAUUAAAUAUCAAUUAGAUGUUCAACUUGAAGUGACCAAAUUAACACCGUAUGAUCCAAAAGAAAAUUGGAUGGUAGAAGUAACUACUAUCCCGGUGCCACAAGAUCAGGUUGAUGCAUAUUGUUCAGAGUUAAGAUUAUUUGAUGAUUCUUUGAAAGGGAUCUUGAAUUUGUUUCAUGUUGAUCAUUUGGUUUUACAAAAUAAAAUUCACUAUUCCUAA